AUGCAGAAAGCCCUCUCGAAACUGUACUUGCCACGAACAUCGAUGGGUCCCUGGGAACAGAUUCAAAAAGAGAUUACAUCAUUGACAAGAGAAAUCGAUGAAUGGGCGGCAGAAGCGCUACCUGAAGUGCUCGGCCCAGUGGACUCUAUUCAAGAACACCGCGUCCAGCGCGAGCGGUUGUUGCUCCGCUUCCACUACCAUAGCGCCAGAUUAGUUAUCUCUCGCCCAAGCCUUUGCCGCCUCGAGCGACGCAUCAAAGCCCAGAGUGAUGCUUCGGCAACCUUUGAUCAGAACACGGCCGAUACAUGUGUUCAAGCUGCUCACGAGGUAACGAGGCUUUUCCCUGACCAACCGGACUUGAUAUUUAUUUACCAGCAAAGUCCGUGGUGGUGCACUGUACACUACAUCAUGCAGGCGAUAGCGGUUUUCCUCCUUAAGAUGUCCUCAGAAAUUGGCACGACCCAAAAGGAAGAAGAACUUUCCAAGAGCAUCGAUAAGCUAGUUCGAUGGCUCCGGUGGAUGAGUCCAGGGAAUGCCGUCGCCAAGCGCGCGCACGAAGUGGUAAUGGACAUUAUCAGGACCAGAGUACCGCGAGUCCGAACUGAAAAUUACAAUAUUUUGGCAGAGGAACAGGCAAGGCUGUCUUCCAACUAUCCAACGGCGACCUCCAACGUUGAUACCCAGUCCACUGCCACUUUCGAAAAAGAGCAGCCUGUACAGGCCUCUGGGGAAUUCCAGCCAGGUCAGUACUUUAUGCUAGACCCGGCCCUGCAAAUGCGUCCAACCUUCAGCAGCCCCUUCAUAACGGAUUUCGAUCAAUCUAAUCUGCUGUAUACCCGAUUCUUUCCAAGUGGACAUCCUAUGGAAGAGGAUACAUGGAUGGGGUACCCGAAUCUUCCAGAAAACAAUCAGUGGCCACCUGCUUGA